CGUCUAAGUGCAGCGGAAUCUGUUCGAGAUGAACUUGGCGUAGCUGUGGAACGACAGCGUGCACUGAUCACUCGUCUGGAAAACGAUUUAUUGAGCCUGCAUGCAGUACUGCCAAGAUCUCGCGCCGAUCGUGAUCGACUUCAUUAUCGCGUAGACGAACUGGAGCAGGAACUAAGCAUCCAGAAACAAAACAACGCCUAUCUGCAGAGUGAACGUGAUAAGAUACUUGAAGAUAACGUGCAACUGUACGGAAAAAUCAAAUUCUUACAAAGUUAUCAAAAUAAAAAUCGCGAGGUACUGUAUCGCUUUGCUUAUACAGAAUCCUGUCAGCGCGAUUUCCAGACCGACUGUGUUGCAAGAUUCGCAAGUACCACUGUCACAGUCCGAGUGUUUCUAGUGACCGAGACUCAACAGCGUUACGGCCUCUCCACACCGGACAUCGAGGAUUUCUUGGUGAUUAAUACCUCAAUAGCACCUUACGAUCGUAGUCUGGGUAUCUUUAUGACUGAGGUUCCAGUAACCACUGAGCGGAUUUGGGUGAGAGGUAGAAAUGGAUAG